UUAGCGAGGCUCGAAACUGCAUUAUGCCAUCUCCCAGACAAUAUACCCCUAGGAAACCAAAAAUACAACUUCGAACACUUCUCUCCAGAUCCUGAAAAGAUUGAAUUAUACGGGACCUCGGAGGCAGCACUCAACCAUGAGCUUGAAGUGACCUUUGCACCAAAAGGACGAAGAGACAACUCCGCACCUUGCCCAUUUGAGUUUGCAGAACGCGGGCCUGGUCUCAUUGCAGUGGUCAAAGUGUUACGGGCUGCGCUGCAAGUGUGUCCUGACUCUGCGAUACUGCCAGUGCAAAAAUGGAUGAAAGAUCUA